ACACAAAGCCCCUGCCCCUCAUCUGGUGUCACUGAAAGACGAGGGACCGAGGGCAGGAGGAGGCAGAAGUCCCAGAGGGACAGUGCUGGGUGCACUCCACAGGGCUCGGCCGCCGGCAGACACCCGGGAAGCGGCACAGAGCCCAGCCACGGGGAGGCAGGGACAGCUGCCUGAAGAUGACCCGAGUUCUUUAGAGAUUGACGCGGGGGAAGGCUCCCGACCGUGUGGAAGGCCGCACCGCUGCCAUUUCCAUGCCUGCUGCUGGGAGCCCAGUGGCCGUUGCCACCUGUCACCCUGCCCUGCUGCCAGGCCCCACGGUUGCCAUGGCUCUUCGUUACCAACACAAACCGCCUCCUCCAGGGAGACAGACCAUGGGUGAGCAUCCAGAGCCCGCAAGAUGCUCCCCGGUACGAACAUGGCUCCAACUCCAGUCAUCAUAUCUGAGGGUCAGCUCCCCCUGGGACCUGUCCCUAGGCACACCUGGAUCCAUGAAGACACUCCCCCGGACAGCCUGGACGAGGCCUGCCACGAGAUCUGGAAACGGGUUCAACUGCUCGCUGACAGGCUGCACGCGCCGGUGCUGGUGCCGCCGCUGCAGCACAUCCUCUGCUCCGAGCUGUCUGCGACCUUUCAAAAACACCGCAUCGACUCCCUGAGCAGCAACUACUUGCCAGAUGAACCAGAGGGACUCAAAAGUAUAUGCAAAGCAAUGAUUGGAAACAGAGAAAGGGAGAUGAAAUUAAGAGCUCUCUGUAAUGCUCAGCUUUCUGCUAAACCCAUGAUCCCCAGCCUUCUGCGUUCAGUAAAUUCCCAGAAGAAUUCCAAGGGGCUGGAGGGUGGCAGCGUGACAGGCGCUCACAGCGUGGAGGGCAGCAAGCUGGAGUUGCCAUUUCUACUGAAACACACAGACUCUGCCAAAGGUGCAGACAAUCAGGUAACAGCUGAGGAAACAAAGGAAGCGAAGCAGUUGAUACAGAACAGCACGUCCAGCUCUGCCAACAGUAGUACAACUGUGUCAUUAACAACAACAGCACAAAGUCAAGCUCCAGGACAGAAGCAGCAGCUCCUACCAUCUGCUGAGAUUUGCUCCAAAACAGAUUCUGAUGCAGUCACAAAGAAUCCAGGUAUGGAGCUGGGCAUGGUCCUUGAACAUCAGCUGGGAGCCACGGGAAAACCCAAGCGUAAACUCAAAGCUGUUGAAAAGCACGUGGCAGGAGCUGGUCCGGCAUCACUGCAUCGUUUGCUCGAUGGUGAUGUGUAG